AUGAGUGGAAGGAAACAGGAAACUAAGCCACCUAAAUUGGAUAUUAAAAAAUCUCGAUGCGUUCUCUUUCCCACAAAAAGUAACGCCAAACCCUUGAAUAGUGACUCCAAUUUAUCUGUGUUAUAUGAUGAUACAUUAAAUGAGACGUAUUUUGAGCAGUGCUUUGAAAACAUAAAAAAAUUAGGAGAAGGUUCAUUUGGAGAGGUUUACAAAGUUCGCUAUAAAGAGGAUGGUUUGUUAUAUGCUGUGAAGAAAACAAGAAGGGCACAAUUGAAUGAAGUUCGUAGGUAUGAAUUGGUGCCUCCUCAUCCAAAUUGUGUACGAUUGUAUAAAGCUUGGGAGGAACAUGAUAAUGUGUUUAUGCAAAUGGAAUUGUGCGAUGAUAACUUAGAUAGGUAUACUAGUGUUCACCAUGACAUUCCUGAAAGUUUAGUAUGGAAUAUCCUACUAGAUUUAACAUUGGGAUUGCAGAAUCUGCACCAGAAAAAUUUGCUUCAUCUUGAUAUUAAACCAGCAAACAUUCUCAUGUGUUGCAAUGGUACUUGCAAAUUGGGUGAUUUUGGUCUGCUGUUUGAUUUAGAUAACGGAAAAGAUACUGAAGCAGUUGAAGGCGAUUGCAAGUAUAUGGCUCCUGAGUUAAUGACCGGAGUAUUCACAAAAGCUGCUGAUAUUUAUAGCUUAGGAAUAACAAUUUUAGAAGUAGCUUGUGACUUAGAUUUACCCACCAAUGGACCGUUAUGGCAUGAUCUUCGAUCUGGGCAUAUUCCCGAUCGCUGUUUCCAAGUCAUAUCUAUGGAACUAAUAGAGUUAAUUAGUAAGAUGAUUGCUCAUAAUCGAGAUAACAGGCCAACUGUAGAAAGUUUACUUCGUCAUGAAAGGCUGCAAGCUUUGUUAAAGGAACGCUAUUGUAAUUUAGGACUGAUGCAUUUCGUGAAAUACACAGUCAGUGACUGGAUUUUACAAAAGAUCAUUACCUUUGCAAGUGGUUUUUGUAUUCAAUUCUCUAAAAUGUACAAAAAAGCCUUCUGGAAAAAGGUGCAUCGCAAAACAUUGAAUAAAACGAUAUGUAAAAGAGAAUCUGUGACUUCUCCUGGAAAGAAUUUAAGAAGAAUUAAUUUAGAUUCAUUAACGUCGAGUGUAGCCAACAAUGCUGUUAGGAUACAAAUUCGCCGGCCUACAGAGUCGUCAAUAAGCCUUACAUCGGAAAAUGAUAGUAUUGAGAGAUUAGAUAUGCCCCAAGAUGAAAUCAUAUCUUCGACUUCUGACUAUAUGGAUACACGAAAUUUUGAGAGUCCUUCUCCAAGACUUAGAAGAAUGCUACAUUCGACGCCCAUAGCUCAUACAUCUGUCAAAAAGCUGUUUAACGGCUUAGAUUCUGAUGAUGAUUAUUAG